AUGAUGAUGAAGAGAUUCUCAAUUUGGAAACAGAUAAUGUAUAUUGUGUUAGAAGCAAGAAAAAAUUGUAUUCUUCCUUCUGGUGCUGAAAUUGAUAUGGGACUGUCAAAUAUAAUUGAUUUAUCUGCUAACAUGAAAAACUUUUGGUUCAAAUUAAAGGAUAGGCGAUAUAUAAUGAACUCACAUGAAGCAACAUUGUUGAUUCCAGCAUUUCCAGAUGAUAUGGUACAAAAUGGAAACAUUAGCGAAUCAUACAUUAGUUGUUUGGAUCAUCAUGAAAAUCUGAUCCAAAAAGUUGUUUAUUUAAAAUUUCAAAAAUAUAUGCUGAUUUUCAAAUGUAACAAUUCAAAUUUGUUAGACUGUGGAAAGACUGGGCACACUGAAAUAACAAGUGAUUUAGGUGAAUGGGAAUUUGCUGCAAAUGCAUCUGCUGACAAAAUAAUUCGUGAUCGAUGCCGUUAA